AUGUCACACAAGAUUGCAGAUGCUUCAUCAAUGAUCACCUUUAUCAGGAACUGGGCUGCCACUGCUCGUGGUGAAAGUGCCAAUUUUUGUCCACAGUUUGUGUCUGCCACUCUCUUUCCACCUAAAGAUAUAGGUGGGCUAACUGGCACAGUUAGUGUUCCUUCAGAGAAGAAUAUUGUGUUGAGGAGGUUUGUUUUCAGUGGGUCUAUGAUAGCUGCUCUCAGAGAAAAAUAUUCUGAUGGUGGGAUACAUCCAACGCGUGUUGAGGUGUUAUCAUCUUUUAUUUGGAGUCGUUUUGCUGCGUCCACCCAAUUAAAGAUUGGGGUUGAAAGACCUUGCUUGCUGGUUCAUGCAGUGAAUUUGCGAAAGAGGAUGCACGAGCCACUACCUGAUGAUUCUUUUGGGAAUAUAGCUGGACCGUCAGCCGCUAUCGUUUCAGAGGAUUCAGAGUCGAAAGAUUGUUAUAGGCUAAUCAGAAAGUUUAGAAAUGCAAUAAGCAAAAUCAACAAGGAUUAUGUGAUAAAACUACAAAAUGGUGUGUUUGAAGACUUUGGUGUUUUGGAAAGCGAUGACGAAACAUUGAACAAAAGAGAGGUGGUUAAAUUCUUUAACACUAGUUUAUGUAGGUUUCCUGUAUAUGAAGCUGAUUUUGGGUGGGGGAGGCCAAUAUGGGUGGCUUGGGGUGGUUUGCCUUACAGGAAUGUAUUUGUUUUAAUGGACACCAAAUGUGGAGAUGGAAUAGAGGCAUGGAUUCACUUGACAGAGGUAGACAUGGCCAAAUUUGAAGCUGACCAUGACCUGCUUUCUUAUCUUUCCCCAACCUCAAGCCGCUAA